AUGCCAAGAUUUGGAGACGUUUUGAAGAUGAUCGGGGAGUUUGGGGCGUUUCAGAAAUUUUUGGUGUUGCUCCUCUGCAUCCCUAGUUUCUUAACACCAUUUCACAUGUUUGGUCAAAUGUUUAUAAGCGUGAAUGAUGUCCCUCACUAUUGUAACACUAGCUGGAUCCAGGCAAUUAGCCCCAACCUAACUUUUCAACAGAGGCUGAAUCUGACCAUCCCCAAGAGAACGGAUGAUUCUCUGGAUGAAUGUUCUAGAUUCACUCCGGUCGAUUUGGACAUUGAAACGAUCAUGAAAUACGGGCUCAAUUCCACACAGACCUGCGAACAGGGAUGGGUGUAUCCAACAAUGAAAGUUCCAACUUUGGUCACAGAGUUUGAUCUAGUCUGUGACCGGAGGGACUUAUGCGACAUAUCCCAAUCUAUUUUUAUGGGUGGUCUCUUGGCCGGAUCGCUGAUCUUCAGUUCCCUGAGUGACAGGGCUGGAAGUCGCAUGUCCAUCCUAGUUGCCUUGUUCAUAAUGGCAUUCUUUGGCUGUAUCAUCAGCCUGGCUUCCCAUUUCUAUGUUUACAUCGCCCUGAGAUUCAUUGUGGGAACAGCUCUGGCUGGGAUCAGCAUUAGUGUUGCAACCUUGAGUUCAGAGUGGGUCGGCCCAUCGUACCGUCCACAGGCACUGAUUAUCAUCCAUUGUGCCAACGCGUUGGGUCAAAUGGCUCUAGCUGGCAUAGCAUACUUUGUCCCUGAUUGGCGGCUGUUUCAGAUCACAGUCUCGGCCCCUGCCUUUCUCGUCUUUUUCUACUCUUGGGUCCUCCCGAGUUCUGCUCGAUGGCUGAUAACCAAAAAGAAGAUGAAGGAAGCAAAAGAUAGCCUUCUAAGAGCUGCCGCCGCCAACAAUCGAGUUAUAUCUGAGGAUGUCAUUGAUCAGUUGGCUCCAGAAAGGAAGGUGCCAAGUAAAUGUAUCCUAGACCUUUUCAAGAAAUCGUACCUGAGGAAUAUGACUUUGAUCAUGGCCUGGAUAUGGUUUGUGGACAGUUUGGUGUAUUAUGAAGUGAGUUUUCACGUUGGCGAUUUUGGCCUGAACAUCUACUUAACCCAGCUCAUCUUUGGAGCAGUGGAGAUCCCAUCUCGCAUCCUCUCCAUUUUUCUGCUUCAAUGGAUCGGAAGGAAGAAGUGUCAGUCCACUUGGCUAGUCCUGGGCGGAAUCGUGUGUGUGAUGAUCUCCGUGUUGCCCAAAGAAUACCCUCUGAUUGUGACUGUGUUAGCUGUGAUUGGAAAAUCUUCCAUGGCUGCUGCUUUUUCAACCACCUACCUGUUUUCUGCUGAGAUAUUUCCCACCGUUGUCAGACAAUUCGGCCUUGGCUUCUGUUCUACGUUUGCUCGAGUUGCAGGCAUCCUUGCGCCUUUGCUUGGCAUUUUGGCCAAAUACCACCUUGCUAUUCCUAUGUUUACCUGUGGAAGUUUAGCGCUGAUUGCAGGAAUAUUAUGCUUUUUCCUUCCUGAGACAUGCAACAAAGAUCUUCAGGAUCUGAUAGCUGAGCCUGAGCCUGAUCCUGAUCCUGAUCCUGAUCCUGAUCCUGAUCCUGCACCUGCACCUGCACCUGCACCUGCACCAGUCCAAGAGUGA